CCUCAGUGGUCGCACGCACUGAGUUUGCUGAAGGAGACACGAGCGGACGCACGAGGCAGCUGGAGUGGAUUAAGAGCGAGGGAGACGCGCGUGCCAUUACGCAUCAGGCUGCUCCGGUGUGGAGAGCAUCGGUUCAACCAGCGCGACCAGGCUGAUUGUUAUUUCUGUUCUCACUCGUGUUAAUGUAGAGGAGGAGCAGAGGGAGCAGAGGAGGAGCGGGAGCGGCGCUACGGGCACCGUCACACACACCGAGCACCGGGGAAAGUUGGAGUAACGCGGGCGGACGGUGCGGGAAGGAGCGCGUGGAUGUUUAACGUCUAACACCGAGGAAAGUGUUGGUUGUUUCUCCGCGCGUGGACCGACUCCUCCGGAUGAACCGUGGAUACUCACACACGCGCUGCUGCACCGGAAUAUGCGGUCCUUAACGGACUGUGCCAACACUUGUCCCUGUGUGCGGGUUUGAGUCCACCGAGCGGAGUCCGGGCUCCCUCCCGGUCCACACCGUCUCCAGGGCCAUCUGCUCACUCCACCAUGUCGGCGGCAGUUUCACCGGUUUCCAGCGCAGAGCGGGAGCGACAGUGAGACACACCGGGAGGCAGAGAGAGAUACACGGCGUGAACCGGACUGGACCGGACCGGACCGGACCGAGCCUUUGAUCCGCCUUCAUGACUUGUGGAUUUACAGCUGCACGCGACAUGAUCCUGAUUACUGUCAUCACUUUGGUGUUUGUGUUGGAUGUGUGUGUGUGUGACUCGGAGCUGGGCUCCCCCGGGUGGAGGGAACCUCUGGACUGCGUCCGAGCCUCUGAACUGUGCAACCAGAACAGCCAGUGCAGCUCACGUUACCGGAUCAUGCGCCAGUGCCUGUCCGGCGGGGACAAAGAGCGCAGCACCAUGCUGGCCUCCAAGGAGUGCCAGGGGGCGCUGGAGGUGCUGCAGGACUCCCCACUGUACGACUGCCGCUGCAAGAGAGGCAUGAAGAAGGAGCUGCAGUGCCUGCAGAACUACUGGAGCAUCCACAUGGGUCUGACUGAGGGGGAAGAGUUUUACGAGACAUCUCCCUACGAGCCGAUCCAUUUCUCAGAGGAAUUCCGACAUGCCUCCAUCAUCUCAGAUUCGUCUCUAUCCAAGAUGAGCCCCUGCUCUGAGGCCGGGAAACCCUGUAACCCCUGUCUGGAUGCGGCAAAGGCCUGUAACCUUAACGAAACGUGUAAACGCCUACGAUCUGCCUAUAACUCCAUCUGCAGCAAGGCCACGCCCCCUCAGCCCUCUCUGGCCAAUCAGGAGCCAUGCAGCCGGAAAAGAUGUCAGAAGGCCCUGCGUCAGUUCUUCGAGCGGGUCUCAUGGGAGCUGAGCUACCCUCUGCUGUUCUGCUCCUGCCCGGACCAGGCGUGUGCCGAGCGCCGCCGCCGCACCAUCGUCCCCUCCUGCUCCCACCAGGAGAGGCACAAGCCCACCUGCCUGGAGCUCCGACGCAUCUGCCGCUCCGACGCUCUCUGCAGGUCUCGGCUCGCUGAUUUCCACAUGAACUGCCAGAUGACCUCUCACACCGUCACCAGCUGCCCUCAUGACAACUACCACGGCUGCCUCAUGUCCUACGUCGGCCUCAUUGGCUCUGAUGUAACGCCGAACUACAGCGACAGCAGUCCAUCCAACAUCACCAUGAGCCUGUGGUGUACCUGCAGGGGCACCGGCAAUCAGGAGCGCGAGUGUGACGCUUUCCACCGGGACUUCACACACAACACCUGCCUCAAGAACGCCAUCCAGUCGUUUGGUUACGGCUCAGAGGGAGGGACUCUUCUUGUCACCGAGCCGUCGUCCACCUUCUUACCCCCUGCCCAGCCGCCAAUCAUCUCCAAACCUGCUCCCUCUCUGCACGGCAAUGCAAUCAAACCCAUGGACAGUGCUUGUAUGUUCUCCACCUGUGCCAACCUGCAGGACGGAGGCCAGAAGUGUGUCCCCUCCGAUGAGUUUGAGUGUGAGGAGGCUCUGUUGGCUCAGGGGUCAAUAGACUCUCAGGACUCUGCAGGACCGAAGAGCAGCAGCCGGCAAUCAGCUCCACUCCUCCACCACGUCUCUCUGACUGUGUGUGUGUCCAUCCUGCCAACGUUUCUACUCCUCGUCUCAUAAACACGAACUCACGCGCACAUACAAACACCCACCCACACACAGACACACACACACACUCACAUACUCACACAUACACACUCAGAAAUGGCAAGACCCAGAGAAAGGCACGUGACUCGUCGCCCUCCGCUACGAGAAAAUGUCAACCGACAGACGUCCAAACAUCAACAACAGGCUUUCGAGGAGGGAGAGUGUUUUGGAGGACGUUCAGAUUAGCCGUGUCUCUCCACACACAAACACACAGACGGUGAGGAAGAGGAAGCUGGACUGUGUCUUCUCUGAGAGAGAAAUAACAAAGGCAGAGACAGAGGGACUCGUGGGGAUUUCGGAUCACAGCGACUUCAUUUCCAAUGCUCCCUGUCUGGAGGGUUUGUGUGCUUUUUGUGCAGCCCGGCUCUGACUCACUCCCUCCAGCUUUUUUGGAUCUGAGACAGCUGGACUGAAAACACAGGAAUACACACACACAUGCACACACACACACACACACACACACACACACACAUUCGGACAACAAGUUUUAAAACCGGCAGCGAGCGAGAGAGACGACAGGCUUUCUAGGCUGGACAGACGGGGUAGAUCCUUCCACGGUGUUUGUCAGCUCCAUUUAUCACUCCCCUGGACCUCUCUCGUGGCAAGAAAUCUAUACCACAUACAUUCAAAGCACAAACACACACACACACACACACACACAUGCACACUGUCGCCGUCCCCUUAGACCUCGUUAGCGGGCAAACAGGGUCCCCACACGGACACAAACACUCAUGCUGUACACCAGUGUGCUUUUUGCGGGUCUUUAUCUUAAUUUUGUCGUCGACAUUCUGUACAAACUUCAUUUAAUGUGGAAUAUGAAAAAAGUCCAUCCAAUGAAAUCUCAAUGGGAGAGUGUAUAUUUCACAUUCUGUAAGUGUAUAGUUGUGUGAGCGCAGUGUGUGUGUCUUUCUUUGUUUGUUGGGGAGUAUGUGUGUGUGUGUGUGUGUGUGUGUGUAUGGCAGCAAAGAAAGGCUGGAAGGGUUCAAAUCUUAUAAGCAGCUGAAAGACGACGUGUGAAACUGUAUCUCUGCUGAACUCUUAGUGUUGACAUUGAAAUACCGCUGAACUGAUGGCACUGGAAUAUUUUACCUUCGGAAACCAUUAAUGCCAUUUGAAUCCCCAUCGGUGAAUUUUUCAAGUUCAAAAACUGAAGUUUGAAGAGAAGCUCACACUCUGAGCUGCAGCUUGAGCAAAUAGACCCUCUAGGGCCGUUGUCACGAUGACGUCAUGUUAUUAUCACCUGCAGGUAAAGCUGCCCCCCCCCACACACACACACACAGCUGUAGGCUACAUAGGAGUCUUAAAAUGUCACCACAGUGUAAUUAUGCAACAGUUCAGUAAUAUACUAACAUCGUUCUUUAGAGACAGGGUCGUUCCUUCUGUUUUAGUUUCAUUGGUAAAAAGACCCAAAACCAAACACUGGAAACUGAUCCCCAACAAAUCUUACAGUGCGUUUAGUUCAGUUAUAUCUGAUCAUAUGAACAAAUGUAAAAGCUUUAACACUUUGAUUUGUUUUUAAUCAAAGAGCGACUAAUAAUCUGAAGAGGAAAGUUUGACUCUAAAAGUUUUGAGCUGAAACAGCAGAAACCUUUUUGUCUUUCAUGCUUCAGUUCAGCUGUAUUUAUAAUUCCACAUUCAAUGGUUCAUCAUGACGUCUUCAGUUGCUUAUAACAUUCAAAUAAUUUGGUCCUUUUGUUUGUUUUUUGCUUUCAUGAACGUGUUUGACCUCUGUGUGUGUGUAUGGGUUCUUCGGUGUGUACGUUACCUCUGGA